GAAGAAUCAAAACAAUAAGGUUUGUUACACUAAACAUUACUCCAGUCUGACUGAUUACCUACUGGAAAACUGAUUACAACAUCAUUCCCAUUCUCAACACUAUGUGGACUGCUAUCAACCCUCUGGCAAACCCCAAAGGAGAAAAUAAGUGGUGUGAGAUUUGUCAAAAAACAGCUUACCUGCAGUGCACACAGUGCCAUGUUACUUUCUAUUGUAAUGUGGCUCACCAGCAGGCAGACUGGAACAGUAUCCAUAAGAAAGUGUGCCAGCUGCUGAUUCCCAUACGAACCCCGGCACCAUUUCACUUUCUGCAAGCUGACAGAGACUGCCAUCGUAAACAGACUCAAAAAAGACUGGAGCACCUGAUGAACCUGUCUCAUACUGAAGCUAAGGGCCGGGUGUUGGGGGAAAAGUAUGAGGAGGCGUUACCAGCAGCUCAGCUCUCCCUAUGCUGUGCCAAAGAACUUAAUGGCUCUGAUGCUGUUAAGCUGGUGCCAGCCUAUCUGUUACUUGCUGAAGCUAACAUGGGUUUAGGUUCUCUCUCCGAGGCUGAAAGUUGUCUUGCAAAUGCAGAGUGGACAGUGAUGAGGGCACCGAACUGCAGUCGUGUAAUUCUUCAUCAGCUACACAGGACCCUGGGUCUCCUGCACACCGCUAAAAGAAACUAUUCCUCUGCUUUGCUGCACUUUGCAAACGAUGUAUACUAUGCAAGCCAGGAAUUGGGUUUAAAAAGUGUUGUGACAGCUCGAGGCUAUUUCUUGAUGGCAAAUGUGUUCAUGAAGCAGGAGAAACUGGACAUUGCCAGGUCUCUCUACUCAGAGCAUGUAUGCAUAUUUGUGCUUGGCAUGCAGGUUAUCAGUACCUGGCAUGCUCACUUGUCUAAGCUGAUGGAAUGUUACUGUCUGAAAGAAAACCAGGCUGAGCAGUGUAUUGAUGACGUGCAGUGUGCAGAGGCGAAUCAGAUGUUGAGUGCACUGCUGGAAAAUCAGCCACAGAAAUUAAAUCCUCAUCCUGCUUACAGUGCCAUGCUGUCACAUUCUCUCGCCAUGAUCUGCUUCCUCUGCAACAACCACAUAAGGGCUCUGGAGUUUGGCAGGAAGGCUGCUGAGUUUAGCAAGCAGUGUGAACAGAGCAAUCUGUCUGAGUCCAUCCAGCAUCUUAUACAACAAGCAGAAACACAUCUCACCUCUGAACAAACACCGUCAAUCAGUAAUAACUAAUACAUGCAACACGUACACACCAACACACAAUUAAUAAUAACCUGUACACUCAGCACAAACACUGAUAUAACACUCAACCCCUAAUCUUAACGCAAAUGACGGUAUGUAAAGAGUGCGCUCUGUGCAGCGUUCUUUUCUGUAAACACUCCUUAAAAAUACAAUAAUAGUUCAAGCCAAAUAAAAGUGUGCAUAUUAAA